AGGAAGUGGUCUCUGGGCCGUCGCCGCUACGGAAGCCGAGUUGGUUCGGUGGCUACGAUGGCAUCGGAGUGAGCGAGGCUGAGCCGAGCCGGAUCUCCGCGUGCGGCCGACCCGCCCUCCCUACCUUCCUACCUCCCCCAGCUCCAGCAUCCCCGGCCCAAGGAGUUUCCCGGAGCAGUCGCCGGGCGGCCGCCACCAUGGUGAAGGAGCAGUUUCGCGAGACGGAUGUGGCCAAGAAAAUAAGCCACAUCUGUUUUGGAAUGAAGUCACCUGAAGAAAUGCGGCAGCAGGCUCACAUCCAAGUUGUUAGUAAAAAUUUGUACAGUCAAGACAAUCACCACUCUCCCCUACUCUAUGGAGUUCUUGAUCAUAGGAUGGGUACGAGUGAGAAGGAUCGUCCUUGUGAAACCUGUGGGAAGAACUUAGCAGAAUGUUUGGGACACUAUGGAUACAUUGAUUUGGAAUUGCCAUGUUUUCAUGUGGGAUAUUUCAAAGCUGUUAUAGGUGUUCUACAGAUGAUCUGUAAAACUUGCUGCCACAUUAUGCUGUCCCAGGAGGAAAGAAAGCAAUUUUUAGAUUACCUGAAAAGGCCUGGUCUCACCUAUCUCCAAAAAAGAGGACUCAAAAAGAAAAUCUCUGACAAAUGCAAGAAAAAAAACACUUGUCAUUAUUGUGGAGCUUUUAAUGGCACUGUGAAGAAAUGUGGCUUGUUGAAGAUAAUUCAUGAGAAGUACAAAACCAAUAAAAAAGUAGUGGAUCCUGUCGUAUCCAAUUUCCUUCAGUCAUUUGAAACCGCCAUUGAAUAUAACAAAGAAGUUGAGCCCCUCCUAGGGAGGGCACAGGAAAAUUUGAAUCCCUUGGUAGUCUUGAACUUAUUUAAAAGAAUCCCAGCUGAAGAUAUUCCUCUCCUUCUAAUGAACCCAGAAGCAGGGAAACCUUCUGACUUGAUUCUCACACGCCUUUUGGUGCCUCCUUUGUGCAUCAGGCCCUCUGUUGUGAGCGAUCUGAAGUCUGGCACAAAUGAAGACGACUUGACCAUGAAACUGACAGAAAUCAUCUUCCUUAAUGAUGUUAUCAAAAAGCAUCGGAUAUCAGGUGCCAAAACACAAAUGAUCAUGGAAGAUUGGGACUUCCUGCAGCUCCAAUGUGCCCUCUACAUCAAUAGUGAACUCUCAGGUAUACCUCUCAAUAUGGCACCCAAGAAAUGGACCAGAGGUUUUGUUCAGCGUUUGAAAGGAAAGCAGGGUCGUUUUAGAGGAAAUCUCUCUGGAAAAAGAGUAGACUUUUCUGGCAGGACAGUCAUCUCACCUGACCCCAAUCUCCGAAUAGAUGAAGUAGCCGUGCCAGUUCAUGUGGCCAAAAUAUUAACUUUUCCUGAGAAGGUAAAUAAAGCGAACAUUAAUUUUAUGAGGAAACUUGUUAGAAAUGGUCCUGAAGUUCACCCAGGAGCCAACUUCAUUCAGCAACGACACAUGCAAAUGAAAAGGUUUCUAAAGUAUGGAAAUCGGGAGAAGAUGGCUCAGGAGCUCAAGUUUGGUGACAUCGUAGAGAGACAUCUCAUAGAUGGUGACGUUGUGUUAUUUAAUCGGCAGCCAUCACUACACAAAUUGAGCAUCAUGGCUCACUUAGCAAGAGUAAAACCACACCGAACCUUCAGAUUUAAUGAAUGUGUCUGUACACCCUACAAUGCUGAUUUUGAUGGAGAUGAAAUGAACCUUCAUUUGCCUCAAACUGAAGAAGCUAAAGCAGAGGCUCUUGUUCUGAUGGGGACAAAAGCAAACCUGGUAACACCAAGAAAUGGGGAACCACUCAUUGCUGCUAUUCAGGAUUUCUUAACAGGUGCCUAUCUUCUUACACUUAAAGAUACUUUCUUUGAUCGAGCUAAAGCUUGUCAGAUCAUUGCUUCCAUUCUAGUUGGCAAGGAUGAGAAGAUUAAAGUUCGCCUUCCACCCCCAACAAUUCUAAAGCCUGUUACCCUGUGGACUGGGAAACAAGUCUUCAGUCUCAUCCUUCAGCCCAGUGAUGAGAAUCCUGUGAGAGCCAACCUUCGAACAAAGGGCAAGCAGUACUGCGGCCGUGGAGAGGAUCUCUGUGUUAAUGACUCCUAUGUGACCAUCCAGAACAGUGAAUUAAUGAGUGGCAGCAUGGACAAAGGAACUUUAGGAUCAGGAUCCAAGAAUAACAUCUUUUACAUUUUGCUGAGAGAUUGGGGGCAGACUGAAGCUGCCGAUGCAAUGUCCCGGCUCGCGAGGCUGGCACCUGUUUAUCUGUCUAACCGAGGCUUCUCGAUUGGGAUUGGUGAUGUCACACCAGGUCAGGGACUGCUUAAGGCCAAGUAUGAAUUACUGAAUGCUGGCUACAAAAAAUGCGAUGAAUAUAUUGAGGCCUUGAAUACAGGCAAACUGCAGCAGCAGCCUGGGUGCACUGCAGAGGAGACAUUAGAGGCUUUAAUCCUUAAGGAACUCUCUGUAAUCCGAGACCAUGCUGGCAGUGCUUGCCUCCGAGAGCUGGAUAAAAGCAACAGCCCCCUGAUCAUGGCCCUUUGUGGUUCAAAAGGUUCUUUCAUUAAUAUAUCACAAAUGAUUGCUUGUGUGGGACAGCAAGCCAUCAGUGGUUCUCGAGUGCCAGAUGGUUUUGAGAAUAGGUCCUUACCUCACUUUGAGAAGCAUUCCAAGCUUCCAGCUGCCAAGGGUUUUGUUGCGAACAGCUUUUAUUCUGGUUUAACACCAACGGAGUUUUUUUUCCAUACAAUGGCUGGCCGGGAAGGGCUAGUUGAUACUGCUGUCAAGACAGCUGAGACGGGAUACAUGCAGAGAAGGCUUGUGAAAUCCCUCGAAGAUCUCUGCUCACAAUAUGAUCUAACUGUCCGAAGCUCUACUGGUGAUAUUAUUCAAUUUAUUUAUGGUGGAGAUGGUUUGGAUCCUGCAGCGAUGGAGGGGAAAGAUGAGCCCUUGGAGUUCAAAAGAGUCCUUGAUAACAUCAAAGCAGUCUUCCCAUGCCAGAGUGAACCAGCCCUCAGUAAAAACGAAUUGGUGCUAACAACCGAAUCAAUCAUGAAGAGAAAUGAGUUCCUCUGCUGCCAGGAAAGCUUUCUUCAGGAAAUAAAAAAAUUUAUUAAAAUUGUUUCUGAGAAGAUCAAGAAAACCAGAGAUAAAUAUGGCAUCAAUGACAAUGGAACAACAGAGCCACGUGUUUUGUACCAAUUGGAUCGGAUCACUCCUACCCAGAUAGAAAAGUUUCUUGAGACCUGUAGAGACAAAUACAUGAGAGCACAGAUGGAGCCUGGUUCUGCAGUAGGCGCACUCUGUGCUCAGAGCAUUGGUGAGCCUGGCACACAGAUGACCCUGAAGACCUUCCACUUUGCAGGGGUUGCCUCCAUGAACAUCACUCUAGGAGUGCCCCGUAUCAAAGAAAUCAUCAAUGCUUCCAAAGCCAUCAGCACUCCAAUCAUCACAGCCCAACUAGACCAGGAUGAUGAUGCUGACUAUGCCCGGCUUGUAAAAGGACGAAUUGAGAAAACUCUCUUGGGAGAGAUUUCUGAAUACAUCGAAGAAGUAUUUCUUCCUGAUGAUUGUUUUAUUCUUGUCAAGCUGUCAUUGGAACGAAUUAGACUUCUGAGACUAGAAGUGAAUGCUGAAACUGUGCGUUACUCCAUUUGCACAUCAAAACUUCGCGUAAAGCCUGGAGAUGUGGCUGUCCAUGGGGAGGCUGUACUCUGUGUUACCCCAAGAGAGAAUAGCAAGAGCUCCAUGUACUAUGUGCUGCAGUUUCUGAAAGAAGAUUUGCCAAAGGUUGUGGUACAAGGUAUCCCAGAGGUGGCAAGAGCUGUGAUACACAUUGAUGAGCAGAGUGGAAAGGAGAAGUACAAGCUGCUGGUGGAAGGUGACAACCUCAGAGCUGUCAUGGCAACUCACGGCGUCCAAGGCACCAAGACAACAUCAAAUAAUACAUAUGAGGUAGAGAAAACUCUGGGCAUUGAAGCUGCACGAUCUACUAUUAUUAAUGAAAUCCAGUACACAAUGGUCAACCAUGGUAUGAGCAUUGAUAGGAGACACGUCAUGCUGCUUUCAGAUUUAAUGACCUACAAGGGUGAAGUUCUGGGCAUUACUAGAUUUGGCCUGGCCAAAAUGAAGGAAAGUGUGCUUAUGCUUGCUUCCUUUGAAAAGACUGCUGACCAUCUCUUUGAUGCCGCCUACUUUGGGCAGAAGGAUUCUGUGUGCGGUGUUUCUGAGUGCAUUAUCAUGGGAAUCCCAAUGAACAUUGGAACUGGACUCUUCAAGCUGCUGCAUAAAGCCGACAGGGACCCAAACCCUCCCAGAAGGCCACUCAUCUUCGAUACAAAUGAAUUUCAUAUUCCUCUCGUCACAUAGCAUAUGCUAGAGAGUGGAGCAGAGACAGUCCUGACCUCGAGCUCCCUUUCUGUGCCACCCAUAUAGAAAGGAAGGAGCUUGGAGGCUGUUGCCAUGUUAAGACAGUAUUGUCCUCCCCAGAGCCAAGCAGAGAGCUGCCUGAUGUCAACAAUGACAGGAUGUGUGCACUGAGGAGCAGCUCCUCACAGACACUGGAUUUCAGCAGAUCAUUUUGGGGACUUGAAACAUGCCAACAUUUUUGAGAGCCAAUGACCUGGAAACUCACUGCUCUGAAGAACCUGCUCUUUUGAGGUCUCUUUCUUUGGGCAUCUCAAUGCCUGGUCCUUCCCAUCCUAAUUCUAGUAGACAUUUGCCAUAAAGUCUGUAAAGUCUUAUUUGAGGACCUGUUAGACAUGCCACUUGGUUUUCUUUAUGGCAAGCCUCUCCUCUAAUGAUGUCCAUAGUUCUUAGCUCAAAACGUCUUCCUGCUGGUGCUGUAGAUGUCAAGUAACCAAAGCAGCCACUGCCAGAGGGACCCUUCUCCAGCCUUUUGUUUCUUUGGAUGGAGGGAUUUCCCAAUGGGAUAUACUUGGGUAAAAAUAAUUAUUGUUAUUUAUUUGAUUGGUUUCGAGGGUUCAGUUUUUUUUGGAGGGUUUGGUUUUUGAGUACAAGGAACUACAAAACCAGGAUUGAAGUAGUACUGGAAAAACUGGUUAAAGAGACUGCAGUAUAGGCUCUAUAACAGAGCUUGGAUUUUCUGGAAACGUGGAGUUGCUCAUGGGAACCUUUUGCUGCCCCAGAAGGACCUAGGUUUACUCUUCUCCCCUUCUCCCACUUAGCAUUGCCCCUGGCCACAAGGUGUUUUGAGUGACUCCCACUUGAAGCAGAUGACCCUUCAGACUCUCAGAAAGGUCUUUGCAGAGUUCAGGACCUUUGGAGGUAGAGACUAGGCCCUUUGGGGGAACUUUUGUGUACCAAGAACAGGAAAUCAAGGCACAAUAGGUAGACUAUUCCCCUGCUGGCUUUCCUGCUCUCCUGAGCUGACUGUAGCACAAGUCAGGAAAAUAGGAGGGAAAACUUUGAUCCAACCAAGGUGAACCCUUGGAAAGGAAAGGCCAAUAGCCUGUUGGCUAUUGAGAAGUUGUCCCAAAGAAAGAGGUCUGGGGAAGGGAAAAUUCAGAGAAAAAGCACUGGCUUUUUUUUUUUUCUUAAAAAGAAAGUUUCAUUUCUUGAUAUGAAAAUGACUAGUUUUAUCAAGCUCACAAAUUAAAUAUUAUAGGUUAAAUUAAAUGUUUAAAUAGUGAAGUAUAUGUAUACAUGUAUUAUAUUUCUCACCAUGGAGUUAGACAUAUCCCUGAAAGUAUGCUUAUGCCUUUGGAUGUAUAAACAGAGUUGCUUAGUGGGGACAGGGCAGUUUGGGGGUCACAAAGUCCUAGAUCUAAGUCUCACUUUAACACAUAAUGCUGUAUGACAAAGGAUGAGUCAUCUAACUUUCCAAUAUCCCCAGGCAACUGCCUAUUACUGUAAAUGAAAGAAUUGCCAAAUCUGAUUGGGAGAAGGAGCUACCAUGUUGGUAGUUUCUCACACUGAUAAAAUCACCAGUCUAAGCCACCAGAAAGCAGUGUAUCUGAACACAGGCAGAUGUACAUCCAUGCAUAGACAUAGGUGGGUGGUUUGGAUGGAUGGGGGUGGGGGUGGGGGGGAGCAUGCAUGGGAUUUGGAGACAAGGUCAGGCAUCAAAUCCUGGCUUUGCCUGUCUAACUUUGAGGGAAUCCCAUUUCUCUCGGCCUUCACUUCCUCCCCUAAAAAGGAAGGGACUAAACUAGAUAUUUAGGCCUCCUCGCUCUAAGCCCUGUGAUCCUUUGUGAGAGAAGCAGUCUUGCCUUGGAGGGGUUAGAGGGGGCCACCCCAAGAGAGGGAGGCAAGAAAGGGGAGUGGUGACAUACCACAUUUGGCAGCAUCAGGCUUCUUGUGGAGGGGGUGGGGGGUAUGUAAAUGUACUGUUACAAGAAGUACACAUCAGGGCUUUGUACAAAUGAAGCAGCAGGGUACCCCAGGAAAACCCAUUCUUAAUCAUCUGCUUAGAUUGCUGCACAAUGACUGCAUAAUUGCUAGUGGAGUUUUCAAGGCUUUUGAGGGGGUUUUGUGCCAUAUAUGAAAGAAGGGUAAGUAGCCUGCCAUCAAGAGAGGAGACUGGAUUUUGCUCCAGGAGACAAUGUGUUCUUUGUACAGAAUUUGCUCAUUAAGACUGGCAAAGAGCCAGAGAGAAGAAGUGAAAAAUGGAGAUGGCAGCAGCUCAGCCCCUCCCUCCCUAGAACCUUCUGUGCGGGCCCCUCCUUUGUUCUUCCCUGAAGAGAUGUGUCUCAUACCCCAGAAAUAUGCCCCAAGGUCCAAUGCCCUCCCCAUGGCAGGGCCUCAGGACCAUCCUUGAAGCCAGAGCUUUGGCCAGGGCUACAGGGCACAGUCUUCCCCAUUUUCUCCCAUAAUCUUUUAUGUGAGGGGGAAGGGGCUGAGACCUAUCUAUGAAAUUACUUGAUUUGAUGUUAAGUAUCUUAAAGGUCACAGGCAUUUGGAUAGGUAAGAAAAAUGGAAGACCAAAAGGUCCAGGGAAAAUCUAGGGAAGGCCCAAAGAAUUGUAGGGUUGAAUGGUCAGACCUGAGUAUAGUUUGGGGGGGGGGAGGGUAUUGUGGGAGGCCUUAAGAAAUGCUUAAUAAAAAUUAAAGAAUCAUAGAGGUAAGAAGCAGAAGGAAUGGAUAUUUGAAAUCAUCUUGUCCAGCCUUAUUUUUCAGGCAAGGAAAGCCUGUUGAUGCUAAAUAACAUGUGCAAAAUGACAGGAAGUAAAUGACCACACAAGGUUUUGAAAUCCAUCCCUUUCAGUCUGAAUUUAGUAUUCUUUUCACUGUGUACCAUGCUAGUUCUGUAGAUUCCCAUAAUUAUUUAAAAGUUGAAUAUAUUGAGUUAGCUCUUCCCUACAUGCAGCUGAAAAGAAAUGGGAUUAUGAAUUCCUAGCAUGAGUUGAAAUUGUUUCUUGUCAGUGAAAUGAUCAGAUUAAAAUUUCUAUUACAAAAGUUUUCCCAAAUCUGCCAUUUCAUCCUUUGAACUUUCUCAGAAACUUAGAGGAUGACCAUCUAGUGUGAAUUUUUAACAUUCGGCUCAACUAUUUUUGUGAUUAAGACAACUUUAACCAAGUGUUAGUUUGAUUCAAACAUUAGCCAGUGGACAUUGGAUUGGGAGUGACCUGUACCUAUUGAUCAAUCCUGUUCUCAGGAAAAGAAAAGAUGCCCAUUAAUUGUAUGCCAAUGGUUGAUAAAGUGGAGGGAGAAUUAUUUUGUUGCUGUAAAGAAAAUUAUAAAAACCAGUCAAAGGUUUCAAAUCGGCCAAUCUGCUGAGUUUACCUUAGGUCAGUGAUGGCAAACCUUUUAGAGACCAAGUACCCAAACUGCAGCCCUCAUGCCACAUGGGAUACUCUGGCCUUACCCCAGACAGGGAAGGGAGGAAGUGUUCCCACUGGGCUGCUGGACAAAGGGGUGGAGAAUGGGAGAAAUAUCUUCAGGUGCACAUGGAGAAGGGAAGGAAGCAGUCCCCUCUGGCACACUCCAGCACAAGUGCCAUAGGUUUACCAGCAUGGCCUUGGUCAACUAGCUGGGGCUGGCAAAAAAUGCUUCUAGUUUCUAGGUUAAAUAUAGAGCUCUCAUUUGAGUUCUAGAGGUGUCAGCCUUUACCUUUCCUGUUUGUCCUGUAGAAUGAGGAAUUUCCAGUAAUAUAUUUCUGUGAAUAAUAAAGUGACUUUACAUUGCAAAUCAAGAAAGGUAUUUUAAUUGGCUACUCAGGAUUGAGAGCUGUAAGACUAUUAUAAUUAUGAUCAAUGAAUGUAGUCUAGACAGUGAUAGAAGCCAGGAUAUAAUAUGGAACUCUUAAUUUAGAAAAUUAUUCUUGUUUGCAUGCUUUAACACAAAAACAACUAGAAAAUAGGGACUGAAUGGCAUGUAGCCUUCAAUCAGCUCCAUUCAGAAGACAAGAAAUAUGGGAAUAUAAUGAGACCCGAGACUCCUUACUAGGGGCUAUCACAGUGUUGGUAGCCCUGGCUUCCUCUCCUUUUUUUUUUUUUAAACCCAUAACUUCCAUCUUAGAAUCAGUACUGUGUAUUGGUUCCAAAGCAGAAGAGCAAUAAGAGCUAGUAAGGGAUAGGGUGUUAAAUGACUUGCCCAGGGUCACCUAGCUAGGAAUUUCUCCCCCUUUCUUGCCCUAAAGCACCACUCUGAAUUGAACAAGAAGCCCUAGUUUGAAAAGUCUUUUAAUGUCUCCAUUCCUCAAUUUAUCUCAUCCAUCAAGGCUCAAAAAUGCUAAGACUAAAUGGACAAUCAAACUCAAUGAUUACAGGCAGACACUUAAAAUUCCUUCAUCUACAAUUGUCCUGAACUAUUAACCCAAGACAAGCCUCACAACAACAUGUCUACCUAUUCUGAAAUCAGAAAAUUGUGACGUGCUGCAGGGGAGCUUCUCAGUGCAUUUUGUGUGCACAGUUUUUUACUUUAAAGUUUUAUUUUCUCCCAGAUGUGACUAUUGUGAAAAUUGAGUGGAGCAUUUGCUUUUGUGCAACCUUAGGUCAAAAUUAAAUGUGAAUUCUAUUUCAUGUAUUCUAUACUGGACCAAAUAGUUUUAAAUUUCUGGAAUUAUUUGAAGGAAAAGAAAUGCUCUAAAUUCCAUCUCACAUUAAAGUAUAUUUAUUCUUGAGAA